AUGGUUCCAGACUACUUGCAGUUUCACUCAGAGACUUCUGGAAGCCAUAAUGGCAAACAUCAUAUUAUAAUUGCCGGCGCUGGCAUAGUUGGAGUCUGUACAGCAUAUUACAUAGUAAAACACCCCAAGUUUGACCCCGAAAAACAUCAUAUAACAAUUAUUGAGAGUAAGAGGAUAGCAGGAGGUGCAAGUGGCAAAGCUGGAGGUCUCUUAGCUUUGUGGGCAUUUCCUGAACAAAUUGUUCCCUUGUCUUUUAACUUGCAUCAGAAAUUGGCCGACGAAUAUAAUGGCUCUGAAGAAUGGGGUUAUAGGCGAUUAAGUACAGUGUCACUAGAAGGGGAUAUUUCACAUAUCCCUGAAAAUUACGAAGAGGAUGAAGAGGAAGAAGAAGAAGAAGCAGAAGAAGAAGAGGACGAAGAAGAGGACGAAGAGGACGAAGAAGAAAUUGAUGGUGAUGGUGAUGGUAAUAAAGAACGCGUUUUUGGAAAUAGUAAUAAUAACAACAGUCUUGACCGCAAAAACGCCACCACCACUACAACCUCCUCCUCCUCCUCGUCUGCGAAAAAACCUGUGAAAAAAAGAAACACACGUUCAUCGUCGGCAAUGCAGUUAAACUUUUCCAAAAAUCGACUCCCCUCAAGUUUAAACUGGAUAAAAUCUUCAGUGAUUGAGAAUUGCACCACCCUAGGCGGCACAGACACCACGGCACAAGUACACCCAUACAAGUUCACCAACUUUAUCCUUAAAAAGGCAGUCGAGGACUCGAAGGGAGCAAUCGAGUUAAUUUUGGGAAAGGUUGAAAAUGUCACUUACUCUGAAGAAUCAGGAUCUGCAACUGGUAUAAAGUACCGACCAACAUCGAUAAAAAAUAGUGAUAAAUACCAAAAUCGGGUAAUAGAACUUGAAGCUGACCAAAUUGUGCUAACUGUUGGACCUUGGACGUCAAAGAUUUUGCCAGAUUGUCCUAUAUCCGGAUUGAGGGCUCAUUCGAUAACAAUUGCUCCGUUCAAAGAUCAACCAGUUAGCCCAUAUGCCAUAUUCACUGAAUUUAAAGUAGGACCCACGUCAUACAUUUCCCCGGAAAUAUAUGCAAGACAAGAUGAGGUGUAUGUGUGCGGAGAGGGUGACAGUACUGUUGACGUUCCUGAAACUACAGAUGAUGUUGAAGUUGUACGAUCUAAAUGUGAUGAGUUGUACAAGCAGGUGAGUAAAAUAUCGCCAAAUUUGAGAAAGGGGAAAAUCUUGAGACGUCAAGCUUGCUAUUUACCUGUAUUAGAUGUACCGUCGUCAAGCGGACCAUUAAUAGGAGAGACAAAUGUGGCCAAUUUAUAUCUUGCGUCUGGUCAUUCGUGUUGGGGGAUCAACAAUGCACCGGGUACUGGUAAAAUUAUGAGUGAACUUUUACUUGAUGGCAAGGUUAAAUCAGCCGAUAUUUCCAGCUUGGAUCCAUCGUUUUAUUUUGACGCCAGUGUAAUACUAGAGGAUGAUGAUGAGGAAGAGCAGAGAGAGGACAAGAACGAUGAUGACAAUGACGAGAAUGACGACGAAGAGUAA